UCUACUUCUGAACUUCAACAACAACAAAAAUGGCGGGUAAGAAGAGGAAGAGACCGGAGAGGCCGACUAUUCAUCCAAGGAACAAAUACUCCGACAAUCCGCCAGACUUCCGUCAAUUAGCCUCUCUCUACCCUUCCUUUGAACCUUUCGUCUUCUAUUCUCGCGACGGUCGCCCUAGAAUUGACUGGACCGAUUUCAAUGCCACCAGAGAACUCACUAGGGUUUUGCUUCUCCACGAUCACGCCCUCAACUGGUGGAUUCCCGAUGGGCAGCUCUGUCCUACUGUUCCAAACAGAUCAAAUUACAUCCAUUGGAUCGAGGAUUUAUUGUCAUCAGAUAUCAUAGAGAAAACCCAUUUCAGAGACAAUGAUGAUGGACUCGUUAGAGGUUUUGAUAUUGGUACUGGAGCUAACUGUAUUUAUCCACUUCUUGGUGCGUCCCUUCUUGGAUGGAGCUUCAUAGGAUCAGAUAUGACAGAUGUAGCAAUAGAAUGGGCAGAAGCAAAUGUGAAGAACAAUCCCCAAAUUUCUAAGUUAAUUGAGAUAAGGAAGGUGAAGUUAGCCGAUGGAGAUGAUGCCAGUCACCCGCAGUCUUCGUCAUUAAUCUCUGAAGAAGGUUCUUCGUUGGGUUUUGCGGGUGAAAGUUAUCGUGGCCCCAACAUACUUGUUGGCGUUGUCGCGGAUGAUGAAACGUUUGAUUUUUGUAUGUGUAACCCUCCGUUUUUCGAGACAAUGGAGGAAUCUGGACUGAAUCCGAAAACUGCUUGUGGUGGGACGACUGAGGAGAUGGUUUGUCCAGGUGGCGAACAGGCUUUUAUUGGCCGCAUCAUUGAAGACAGUGUCAAAUUGAAACAACAGUUUAGAUGGUAUACUUCAAUGGUUGGGAAGAAAUGUAACCUUAAGGUUCUAUUAGCAAAGCUUCGGGAAAUUGGGGUUUCUGUAGUGAAAACAACUGAAUUUGUACAAGGGAGAACUUCUCGAUGGGGACUUGCUUGGUCAUUUAUGCCCUUUGCCCGGAAAAUUAUUUCAUCUCAUGUUGCUGAAAAGAGUGUCCUCUCUUUCACCCUUGAGGGGAUUCAAAGACAAUAUGGGGCGAUAAAUGUGUUGCAAAUGGUUGAAUCUUUUUUCAGUAGUAGCGUCGCAUCUUGCAAAUCUGAUCUAUCCACAUUUACUGUCAAUGUUACUGCUUCUGUUGAGCAGUUCAAUAAUCUUGUAUUGAGAAAUGGACAAGAAAUGGAAAAAUCUGAUUGUGAGCUUCCUACUAACGAAAUGUCCUUCCGUAUCACGGUGUUCCAGCAAAAUCCAGGUACAUUAUUGGUUAGAGGUUCUUUGCAGCAUCAACCAAUCCCUUCCACAGGGGGAGGGCUAUUCUCAUUAGUAUUCCUGAAAUUAGAGGAGGUGUUGAGAAGACAAUUUUGUAAGGGAAAGCAGCAGCCAUAAAUCAAAUUUGAAUCCAUGGACAUGAAAGAUUUCGAUUGAAUGCCUGGUGAAACAAACUUUCUAGGCAUAAUAUAGAUUAUGGCUGAUAAAAUGGCCAAUGUCUGUUCCUUAUAAAAUACUGUAUUUGAUAAGAUAUUCAAAAUUAAGAUCCAUUGUCAAUCACUUGUGGAUAAUGAUUCAUAGAAAUGGGAGGAUUUUUAUUUCUUUUGAGACUUCAUUAAUAUUGAAUUUUAUUAAGAAAUAAGAGCAAUACAAGUCAUUUUAUGACAAGUGAUGAUGAAAGAAAUUGGUCAAAAUCAGUUUGUUCAUGUGGGAUUCAUACAAUUUCAGUUGGAA